GUGUAAAGGUCGAAGUGCCGGUGUGUCGGAGCGUCCGUGUGUCCGUGCGGCGGUCGGUCCGGCCGCCCGCCGCCCCCAUGCCCCGCGCCUAGCGCCGCCCGCCCCGGCCAUGUCCGCCGCGCAGCUCUACACCAAGUACACUAGGGUUUGGAUUCCUGACCCUGAUGAAGUUUGGAGAUCAGCUGAAAUUAUCAAGGAUUACAAAGAGGGAGAUAAAAGCCUCCAGCUGAAACUUGAAGAUGAAACUCUCUAUGAGUAUCCCAUCGACCUGCCAGGGAGUGAGCUGCCCUUCCUACGCAACCCAGACAUCCUGGUGGGGCAGAAUGACCUGACAGCCCUCAGCUACCUGCACGAGCCCGCCGUCCUGCACAACCUCAAAGUCAGGUUCCUCGAGUCCAACCACAUCUACACCUACUGUGGUAUCGUGCUGGUGGCCAUCAACCCCUAUGAACAGCUGCCAAUCUACGAGCAGGAUGUCAUCUACGCCUACAGCGGCCAGAACAUGGGGGACAUGGACCCCCACAUCUUCGCCGUGGCCGAGGAAGCCUACAAGCAGAUGGCCAGGGAUGAAAAGAACCAGUCCAUCAUUGUGAGUGGGGAGUCAGGGGCGGGCAAGACAGUCUCUGCCAAAUACGCCAUGCGCUUCUUCGCCACCGUCGGGGGCUCCGCCAGUGAGACCAACAUCGAAGCCAAAGUCCUGGCCUCCAGCCCCAUCAUGGAGGCCAUUGGAAAUGCUAAAACAACAAGGAAUGACAACAGCAGCCGCUUUGGGAAGUACAUUCAGAUUGGCUUUGAUAAAAGAUACCACAUCAUUGGUGCCAACAUGAGGACAUAUCUGCUGGAAAAAUCUCGAGUUGUAUUUCAGGCAGAGGACGAGCGCAACUACCACAUCUUCUACCAGCUCUGUGCCUCCUCAAGCCUCCCAGAAUUCAAAGACCUCGGACUCACGUGUGCCGAAGACUUUUUCUACACUUCUCAGGGAGGUGACACGUCCAUCGAUGGUGUGGAUGAUGCAGAUGACUUUGAGAAAACCAGGCAUGCCUUCACCCUGCUUGGAGUGAAGGAGUCUCACCAGACGACCAUUUUUAGGAUAAUUGCUGCCAUCCUGCACCUGGGGAACUUGAAGAUCCAAGGGGAACGAGAUGGGGAGGUCUGCAGUAUAUCGAGCGAGGACGAGCACCUGAGCAGCUUCUGCAGCCUGCUGGGCGUGGAGCACAGCCAGAUGCAGCACUGGCUCUGCCACCGCAAGCUCGUCACCACGGCCGAGACCUACGUGAAGAGCAUGUCCCUGCACCAGGUGGUGAACGCCAGGAACGCCCUGGCCAAGCACAUCUACGCCCAGCUCUUCAACUGGAUCGUGCAGCAUGUCAACAAGGCCCUGCACACCACUGUGAAGCAGCACUCCUUCAUCGGCGUGCUCGACAUCUACGGGUUUGAAACUUUUGAAGUGAACAGCUUUGAACAGUUCUGUAUCAACUAUGCCAACGAAAAGCUCCAGCAGCAGUUCAACUCGCACGUGUUUAAGCUGGAACAAGAAGAGUACAUGAAGGAGGAAAUCCCCUGGACUCUCAUAGACUUCUACGACAACCAGCCCUGCAUUGACCUGAUAGAGGCCAAGCUGGGGAUCCUGGACCUGCUGGAUGAAGAGUGCAAGGUGCCCAAGGGCACGGACCAGAACUGGGCGCAGAAGCUGUACGACCGCCACGGCGCCAGCCAGCACUUCCAGAAGCCGCGCAUGUCCAACACCUCCUUCAUCGUCCUGCACUUCGCCGACAAGGUGGAGUACCAGAGUGAGGGGUUUCUGGAGAAGAACAGGGACACUGUGUACGAGGAGCAGAUCAACAUCCUGAAAGCCAGCAAGUAUCAGAUGAUAGCAGACUUAUUCCAGGAGGAGAAGGACGCUGUGCCUGCCUCUGUCGUGCCAAAGAGAACACCCCGGAUCAACGUGCGCUCUGCCAAGCCAGCCUUCAAAGCUGCCAACAAGGAGCACAGGAAAACAGUGGGACACCAGUUCCGCAACUCCCUGCAGCUGCUGAUGGAGACCCUGAAUGCCACCACCCCGCACUACGUGCGCUGCAUCAAGCCCAAUGACGAGAAGCUCCCCUUCAAGUUUGAUCCGAAGAGAGCAGUGCAGCAGCUGAGAGCCUGCGGAGUGCUGGAGACCAUCCGGAUCAGUGCAGCUGGCUUCCCAUCCAGGUGGUCCUACCCUGACUUUUUCAAUAGGUACCGUGUGCUUAUGAACAAGAGAGACCUCUCUAAGAACGACAAGAAGCAGAUCUGUCAGACCCUCUUGGAAAACCUCAUUAAGGAUCCAGACAAGUUCCAGUUUGGCCGUACCAAGAUCUUUUUCCGUGCAGGCCAGGUGGCAUAUCUGGAGAAACUGCGGGCAGAUAAGUUCAGAGCUGCCACCAUCAUGAUCCAGAAGACGGUGCGGGGCUGGCUGCAGAGGGCCAGGUACCAGCGGCUGAGACGAGCCACCCUCGCCCUGCAGCGCUACGCCCGCGGGCACCUGGCACGCAGGCUGUUCCAGCACCUGAGGAGGACGAGGGCUGCCAUCAUCCUGCAGAAGCAGUACCGAAUGCUGCGGAUGCGCCGGGCCUUCCUGAGGGUCCGCAGCGCCACCCUCACCAUCCAGGCUUUUGCUCGGGGCAUGUUUGUCAGGAGGAUUUACCACCAGAUGCUGCAGGAGCACAAGGCCACCAUCCUGCAGAAGUACGCGCGGGGCUGGCUGGCCCGCGCACGGUUCCGCCGGGCCCAGGCCGCCGCCGUGGUGCUGCAGUGCCACUGGCGGCGCCUCAGGGCCCGGCGCCAGCUCCAGGCCCUCCGCAUCGAGGCCCGCUCGGCACAGCACCUCAAGAAGCUCAACAUCGGCAUGGAGAACAAGGUGGUGCAGCUGCAGAGGAAGGUGGACGAGCAGAACAAGGAGAACAAGCUUCUGAAUGAGCAGCUGUCCAUGCUGACAUCAGCCCACUCCUCCGAGGUGGAGAAGCUGAAGAAGGAGCUGCAGCAGUACCAGCAGACCCAGCAGGGUGAUGGCAAGCAGCUCCUCAGCCUGCAGGAGGAGAUGGAGCGGCUGCGGAUGGAGCUGGAGAGGGCUCACGGGGAGAGGGAGGUCCUGGAGGACAGCCACGGCAAGGAGAGGGACCUGCUGAGGAAGCGUAUCUGCGACCUGGAAGAAGAAAACGCUCUCCUGAAGCAGGAGAAAGAGGAGCUGAACAGCAGGAUCCUCUGUCAGUCUGAAGAUGAAUUUGCACGAAACACAGUUGAGGAAAAUACGCAGAUGAAGAAAGAGCUGGAAGAAGAGAGAUCUCGUUAUCAGAACCUGGUAAAAGAGUAUGCAAGUCUGGAACAGAGAUAUGACAACUUGAGGGAUGAAAUGACUAUUUUUAAGCAAACACCGGGCCACAGGAGAAACCCAUCCAACCAGAGCAGCUUGGAGUCUGAUUCCAAUAACCCAUCCAUCUGCACCUCUGAGAUUGGAGACACUGAGGAUGUGAUACAGCAGGUGGAGGAGAUUGGGAUGGAGAAAGCAGCCAUGGACAUGACCCUCUUCCUAAAGCUACAGAAGCGAGUGAGGGAGCUGGAGCUGGAGAGGAAGAAGCUGCAAGCCCAGCUGGAGAAAAAGGAGCAAGAGAGCAAGAAAUCCCAGGUAAUUGAAAUAAAGACUGAAGUGGCUUCAGAACAUGAAGAUUUUGCAUACAACAGCCUGAAGAGGCAAGAGCUGGAGUCGGAGAACAAGAAGCUGAAAAAUGAGCUCAAUGAGCUGAGGAAGGCCAUUGCAGACCAUGCCACCCAGAACAACUCCUCCAAUGAUGUGCAGGACGGCUACAACCUCCUUCUGAACCAGCUGAAAUCGGCCAACGAGGAGCUGGAGGUGCGCAAGGAGGAGGUGCUCAUCCUCAGGUCACAGAUCAUGAAGGCAGCCCAGCAGAAAGAGACUGGGAAAAACAUGGUAAAGGAGAGGGAGAGCAUCUCCCCCAAUGCCAGCUGGCCCAACAGUGACCGGCACGUUGAUCAGGAGGACGCGAUCGAAGCCUACCAGGGCAUGUGCGAGACCAACCGGUUGCUGGAAGCACAGCUCCAGGACCAGAGAAGGGAGCAUGAGGAGGAGAUGGAAGCUCUGAAAAACCAGAUGGAUUUAAUGCAAGAGGAGCUGGAGAAGCAGCAGCAGGCAUUCCUGCAGACUCUGCAGCUCUCUCCAGAGUUGCAGGUGGAAUUUGGACUUCAGCAAGAAAUUACACGUCUGACCAAUGAAAACCUGGAUCUUAAAGAAUUGCUGGAAAAGUUGGAAAAGAAUGAAAAGAAGCUGAAGAAGCAGCUGAAGAUUUACAUGAAGAAGGUCCAAGAUUUUGAAGCAUCCCAGACAAUGGUGCCAGUGGAGAGGAGGGCGCACGAGCGGAGCAUGCAGGUUGCUGUCCAGAGGAAGGAGAAGGAUUUUCAGGGCAUGCUGGAAUAUUACAAAGAAGAUGAGCCACUCCUCAUCCGAAACCUCAUUACAGAUCUCAAGCCUCAGGCAGUGUCUGCUACUGUUCCCUGCCUUCCUGCUUACAUCCUGUACAUGUGCAUCAGACACGCAGAUUACAUCAAUGAUGACCAGAAGGUGCACUCCUUGCUCACCUCCACCAUCAACGGCGUUAAGAAAGUGCUGAAGAAGCACCAGGAUGACUUUGAGAUGACAUCGUUCUGGCUGGCGAACACGUGCCGGCUGCUGCACUGCCUGAAGCAGUACAGCGGGGAAGAGGGUUUCAUGACCCAAAACACGGCAAAGCAGAACGAGCACUGCCUGAAGAACUUUGACCUGACUGAGUACCGGCAGGUACUGGGCCACCUCUCCAUCCAGAUCUACCAGCAGCUCAUCAACAUUGCAGAGGGCAUCCUGCAGCCCAUGAUCGUGUCUGCUGUGCUGGAAAAUGAGAGUAUCCAAGGGCUUUCCAGUGUCAAACCGGUGGGCUACAGGAAAUAUUCCUCCAAUGCGGGUGACAGCUCCUACAGCUUGGAUGAAAUGAUUCGCCAGCUGAACACAUUCCACAGCAUCAUGUGUGACCAGGGCCUGGACCCAGAGAUCAUCCAGCAGGUGUUCAAGCAGCUCUUCUACAUGAUCAAUGCCAUCGCCCUGAACAACCUCCUGCUGAGGAAGGAUGUCUGCUCGUGGAGCACGGGCAUGCAGCUGAGGUUUAACAUCAGCCAGCUGGAGGAAUGGCUGCGUGGGAAGAAUCUGCAGCAGAGUGGAGCAGCACAAACUUUGGAGCCCUUGAUUCAGGCAGCACAGCUCCUGCAGCUGAAGAAGAAAACCUCAGAGGAUGCUGAGGCCAUCUGCUCCUUGUGCACAUCACUCUCAACUCAGCAGAUUGUAAAGAUACUUAAUCUCUACACUCCUGUGAACGAGUUUGAAGAACGUGUGACAGUAGCUUUCAUACGAAACAUACAGAAGCAGUUGCAAGAACGGAAUGACCCUCCACAGCUGCUGUUAGACUUCAAGCACAUGUUCCCAGUUCUGUUCCCAUUCAACCCAUCUGCCAUCACCAUGGACUCCAUUCAUCUCCCUGCUUCUCUCAACUUGGAUUUUCUCAAUAAAGUCUGAAGAAAGUAGAAUUAAACUCACCUCUCACACCCAGAGACUUCCAGCAACAAAAGAAAAAAAUCAUAAAAAGAAUUCAAGAGCUCUUUAAAUAUGGACCAAACAGGCUUAUGGAAGAACCAGUACACAGUAACAAAUGGAUGCUAAAAUGUACACUAAAAAAGACACUGGUCUGUAUGUGAUUUUUUUUUUGGUAAUUUGCAUCUCAGAAAUAAGGAUACUUGAAAAAUAGAUUUAUUUUUUACUACUCGAUUUUAUGUUGACAUAGUUCAAAGCCCAUAAUCAUCUCCAAAAGCCAGGAAGUGGGGGACAGCUUAUUUUGAUUUUCAUAGGUGUCUAUGACAAAAACAAAAUUUGAGACACUUCUACUGCCUUGAAGGACGUGUCAUUUGUCUAGUAGCAGGUGGUCUUGGGUGAAUGAAUAGCAGAACAUGCAGUUCUGCCUUCAGUUCUUGCUAGUAACUGCAUUCAUGAUAGUGAAUUGAAAAAGUAAAUUGCAGAAAGUGUGUAUUUAUCACACCAUAAAGGUAAAGGGCUGGGAUACUGCUUGUUUCCACCGAUGUGGAAUUUGUCACAAAUAGUAUGUUUGAGAAAUGCUGUUGCUCCUCCUAAAUACAUUCAGUGCAUGUGCUUCAUGGAAAUUGAGAUAAAUUGGCAGGAAUUUGUUCCAUUGGACUUUUUUGCAUUACCAAAUUUAUGUUAGCAAAGGUUUUGUCGUAAUGAAAUAAUCAUGAUGCAAAGGACUGCCUUAAGCCUUCUGCUUCUAGUAUAGCAUCAUGCUGAUCCCUACUGUUGGCUUUCCUUGUGCUUUUGAGUGUCAAACACUUUCCUCCAGUGGCUGUCAAGGUUCUUGUACCUGUUACAUGGCCAGUGUCAGAAUCCCAUGCACAGAUCAUGCUAAGGAACCCAGUUUAAUCCUCCAGCCCUACCUGUGUUCAGUGGGUUAAUCCUAGCUGCAGCUGUCCAUGGAAAAACUCCAUUCAGUUCAGUAGCCAUCCAAAGUGUUAAGAAUCAUGCAAAUACACAGCUUGCAUAAAUGAAGAAUAUUUUAAAAGUUAAAAAUUUCUAAAAGAGAUGAAAUGUUCUAAUACACACACACACCAAAAAAAAAAAAGCUGUCAAGUAGUAUGUUAGAAACAUAAGCCAUUUCUUUAAAAGUGAACCCAAACUACAACAACCUUAAAUGAAUAAUUGCUUUCAAUUCAGAUUCUGUUAUGUUUUUUUUUAAAUCAGACUUAUAAACUAAGCCAAACAAACCUUCUGACCUCACCACACAGAUGCUGAAGGAGACCAGCCAUUGGUUUUUCUGUGGUCCUUGGCAGCACACGCUGAGCUGUCAGUGACUGCUGGGCAGGGGAGGAGGUGGGUUCCCCAGGGUCAGGGCUGCUCCACAACUGCUCGUCGUGGGAGUGCUCCUGCCACAGCACAACGUGCCAAACUGCAGUCAGGAUGUGUGGCUGCCAGCAUUCUGCCCUCUCCACUUCCACAAUGGUCUUGUUUAAGUCAAUCUUAACUCACCUGCUUUUGUGGCUCCUUUGUGGUCCACGGCUCCAUCAUGACUAAAAGCUAAGAAAAAUCCACUCUCUCUCCACCUGACUCUUUUCAGCUGGUGUAAAUCCAAACAGCAAAUUAUGACCAGAUAGGCUGUCUGCUCAGAGAUUGAAAGCAGAAUGUGAAGUUUCUUAAAGAUACACUAACUCCUGUCUGCUGCAGUUUCCUUUCUAGGCAAGGAGCGUGUUGUGAUUUAGGCAUCAUGUAUAUAAUCAGUGUAUAUACAAACUGCAGUAGUCCUGUAUGUACUAUACAUGUAUAUGACUAUCCAAAAAAGCACAUUUUAAAAGAAACAAUUGAGUGCUGUGCAGAGUUAUAUCAGUCUAUGCUAGUGGGUAAAUACCUUGAUCCAAACUGAGACUAUAGUUCAGAGCAACUGUUACCACUGAAGGACAGACUUCAGGCUAAAAAGUAAUUUGUUCCCCCUUAAUCAUCACCCAUUGAAUAACAGAUACUUUGCUUGUAAAGAGCCAGGACUGUCUCCAGACUGCAGUCCUUGGGCACUCACCUCUGCUGUGUCUUCAGUAGUGCCUUCAUCUCCCCUGGCUGUACAAUGAGGGUAAUGCCACCAGUCUGCUGCCCGUGCCCAGCAAGCCCUGCCACCCACUCACCCGCCAUAUCUUUAUUUAUUUUUCACCUACCUCUUUCCACAAUGAAUGUCCUUGCAGUGCUCUGAAUUUUGUUAGUCGUUGCCUCUCCCUUCUUUCCAUGCUCCAACAGUCGUCAUGGUUUGAGAGUAAAUAAUUCAAAGCAGGAUUCAGCCUUUCUGUAAGGUGGUUUAAACAGAGAGCUGUUCCUCAGGAUUCGUGUUAGGUCAGCAGUUUCAGGCAGUUCAGGUCUCUACCUCUUUCUGAUGUAAAUUAUUUGGAGUACAAUUCCCAAUGCAUUGAUUAAAGCUAUGCUUAUCACUCAGACUAAGUGACAGGUUGCUGCAGAAUCCUCUUCUGCAGUGACUUUGUUGCUGAUUACCACUGUAAAAUGUGCUUAAUGGUCUUCUAGGGGAUAAUGGUCCUUCACUGGCACUUUCAGGAUUGUAAUUUAUAUAUUCUUUCUUAAAAACUCUUAGUAUGUGUAGAUGGGAACUGGGAUUUAACAUCCUGAUCUGUGAUCAUGUAGUUUAUCCACUGAGAUCCAUCUGGAAGAGAACUCUGUAUGAAAUACCUUUAAUAUAUGUUAUCUUUUCUGUUAGCACUUUUAAAAAUUUGUAUUUAAAUGUUAAUUUAGUUAAAUUGCUAUGCUCAAGCAUGCCUUCUUUCCUCAGAUUUACACUUCUUUAUUGAAAAAGCAAAAUGAUCACAAAGCAUGGCUUAGAGAAAGCUGGCUCUUCUCCAGAUCUGUCUUUAUUUUUAAAUAUUGAUUAUUACGUUUAGCAUUUUCCCACUCUGUGCCUUCAGUUGUUUAACUCAACCACUCUUUCUCUGAAACAAGCAUUAAAACAGUAGAAUAUUUUUAUUAUUCUGUCAUAGAAAAGGUUGUCUAUGGAUUCAAAAGCCUACUUAUAAAAUCUUACAUUGAGGAGGUCUGCAAAACAUUUUGAAGUUCUUGGGGAAAAAACCCCAAACAAUAGUGGCCCACAGUGAUUUCUGCAAAUAUGAUGGCUUAUAUCUCAGAAAAGCACUAUUGGGAAUAAAAAUAAAAUAAAAUAAAGUAAACCAUCAAAAUGCCCAAAUCACCAGCAUUACAGCACGAACACUUCAAAUAUGAGUUGAGGCAUAUGCUGGCUGACCUACAAGAAGCAUCCAGGAAAAUGUCCAUGUUUCAUUUUCAUCAGAAAGUUCCUUUUCUUCUUCUUCUUUUUUUUUAAUUGGCAUUUUGUAGCUGAGGUUGCUUAUCUGAUAAAGCUGCUGUAGGUGACUGUAGAAAAAGUACAUUAGACCUCAAGACUGAAUUUUUGCAAUCCUACAUUACAAACAUUUUUUUGCUCAUGCAGUUUAUUCCAUUGGAUCUACAAGAAUUCCUUUGUAUUUGUGAAACAGUACCAAAGUGUGGGUAUGUUUUAAACACAGUGGCUGCUUUUCAUCACCCUGCAGCUUGAGCACUGAAGUCUUUGCAGGACAUGAUUCCUUGUUUGUGUGAUUUGCAAAAGGUACAAAUGAAAAAGCUGCACUUGAAACAAUGGUUGUUUUCCUCCAUUUUCAAUAGUAAAUUAAUAAAAUUGUGCAAACUUAUUCUUUCAGACCGUUAACUGAAAAAUUAGCAUUUUAUCAGUGCAUAAAAAUAGAACCUAAUUAAAAUGAAUUGCAUGAACUUCCAUGAAGCUUUUUCCUCAAACUUUAUUGAUUCACAUAUAUAUUACAGUCAUAAAUUGAUCUUUUUUUGUUUUUUCUGAAAGAAAUUCUAGCAAGGUAGAUGUUAGGUAAAGCAAUCCACAAGACAUAACCCUGAUGAGUAUCCAAAUUAUUUCAAGGUGUGAAUGCCAGUGGACAAAGACUUUGAGAUUAAUUUGAAAUUAAUCAGAAGAAAAGAAGUAUAUUUAAAAAGUGCUACUAUAUUGAAAUCUUUGGGGAUAUUUUUAUUUUAUUUUUUGUGGUGUGAAGUGUCAUUACCUUAAGGAGCAGAAGGUAUAGCUGCUGUCAAAGCUGAAUGAUAUACAUGAGUGAAUACUGUAGAUGAAAUACUACUGCUUAUAAAAUAUUUUUCCAUUUUGAACAAAUCUGUAAACUACACCUUUGUUUAUAAGAAAAUGCUUGUAAUAGUCACUGUAAUAUUCAGCUGGGGAUAAAAAAAUUUGUGAAAUAAACACUUUUGAAGAAA